UGAGGCGAUCUCGCUCGUCGCCACAGCUGCGUCCAAACUGGCCGCCGUGGAGGAUGUGGGUCCAAAGUGGCCCGAGACCUCACCGACCGGCUCCGUGAAGGUUUCACCGGCGACGAGGGCCACUCUGUACAAACUCAAGCUCACCAGGACCAACGCACCUGCCAAAACUUUCCGCGACGCAGAGACUAUUACAGAAGUGUGCAGCGGGGAGGAGCUGCCGGAGGUUGAGAUAAUCAGUCUACUCGAGGAACAGAUACCGAGGUACCGUCUCAGAGCCGACACCCUCACGCAAUUUCAAGGCUACGAGAACGAGGAUUGGUACAUCCCGUCAGCUAAAGUUACGCAAGACGAAGAUUUAAAACUAUCGCCGGACCAAAUCCGGGAGACACUUAACUACUUCAUUCUAUGCAGCGACCGUGUGAGCCAAAUGACCAAGACUUAUAAUGAUAUCGAAGCAGUGACAAGGCUUCUGGAGGAGAAAGAGAAAGACUUGGAGCUGACGGCGCGUAUUGGCAAGGAGUUAUUGUCGCACAAUCAGAAGCUCGAGACGACGGUGCAGGAGUUAGAAAAUGAGUUGAAAGUCGCCAAUGAAAAAAUUACGCAGCUGGCCUACGAGGUCGGUAAGAAAACCGAGCUCAUUCACGUGCUCACCAACGAUGUCGAGGAGUCCGGAGGCUCGGAAGCCGGUACACCAAGUGGCUUCCGAGGUAUCAAUCUCGAUGUCAUGCAGCACAAGAUCAGCGCCCUGGAGGACGAGAAUAAACAACUGCGAAACGAGUUCUCCAAACUUGUCUCAGAAGCCGACGAUUGCGAGGAGCAGGAAGCUCGUCUAGUCAAAGACAUUGCCAAUCAACUUGCGAACGCAAACAUGGAAGUAGACGGUAUAGCCGAGGAGUUGGAGCGUCAGAAAGAGGAGAAUCGUAUGCAGCAUGAUCAAAUUCAAAGUCUGACGACGAAACUCGCGGAAACGGAACUGAGGCUAGGGCAAUUGAUGGCCGAGCACGAUGAGCUAACGAAGGCUUUGAAGGAUCUACCAAAUAGAAUCCAAACCGCUAGUAAAAACGAGCGCCGGGAACUAUUUGAGAAUGUCGUCACCGUCUUGUCAAACCCUGGUAUCAAUGAAAAGAUUGUGGGUGGAAUAUGCAAAAGUAUUCCAAUUACACUACCUAGAUACAAUGACACGGCAUCACAGUCCUAUGUAAAAAAUUUAAUUGUGGCCUUGAUAAAAAACCAUUUUCAGGUCACAGUCAAGAACUUAACUAGCAUAAUUGUAGAACAAGCUGCUUACUAUGAAACUUUGAUACCUACAUAUAACACUGCGGCAUCUGCAUACAUUAUUUUAAAAUGGAGCUCACUUAUGUUUCUUCAUGGGGCAAAUGAAUUGGUAUCUAAUAACUUGGAUUUGGUAAAACUGAUUGAAGCACAAGCGAAAUUAUCGGCUGCUACUUUAGCAGCUAGAAAUAAGAAACUGUCAAGAAAAGUUGAUUUACUUUUUACUCAUGAAUGGAAAUUUGUUAAAAAUAAUAUUGAAGAAAAGUAUGUUGAUGUUCUGAUAACUGCUGAAGCUAAUGAAGGUGUAGUUGCACUUUCAGGCUUGUUAACGACUUACCUUAUUGCAUCAGAUAAGAAAGACCUUAUAGACAAGCUUAAAACUGGAAUACUGAAUACUUUCAUUAAAGUUUGUGUUAGCUGUAAAAAGAAACCAGAUCUUUACAUAAUAGAUGCAGCCACACCAUUUUUGAGAAGGAUAUCUCACGAUGACUUCAAGAGUCAGUUAUUACCAGCUUUACAAAAAGCAAUGUUGAGGAAUCCAGAAAUCAUAAUUGAAUUAGUUGGCCACAUUUUGAGUGGGUUGAGCUUAGAUUUGAGUCGUUAUGCACAAGAUCUUAGUAAAGGUUUAUUUGCCAAUUUACAUUCGAAAGAUGAUUUAGUUAGAGACGAAUCUGCAGAUGCUUGUCGAAAAUUAGCACUUCAGUGCUCUGAUAGCUCAGCAGUGGAGGGUCUAUUAAAUUUUGUAUUUUCAGUGUUUAAUGGUUCUGAGGGUAAACUAACAGUUGCAACUCACAAGAUUUCAGUUUUACAGGGUGCAGGCAAUUUAAGUUUUAAUGCUGUUAGUGGUAGUAGUGUGCAGACAUUAGCGGAAACUGCUUGCAAACAUUUCAUUGAAGUUUUGAAGACUGAAGUUCAUGAGAAAACAUUGUGUCAUGCACUAGAAAUGAUGUCGCUAUGGUGUGAAAAAUUUGCCAAUGAUCAACCUAAAGCUAUUAUUGAUGCAUUUAAACAAGGCAUGGGAUCCAAAAAUUCAACUCCUGCUGUGAAGACUGCUUAUAUCAGAAUGAUGUUUUUCCUACCAACCCAGCCAACUGCUAAUUAUACAGGAAUCAUCAUGCCAAUUUUACAACAGUCUAUAACAAAGGCUCUCCAACAGAGUGCCCAACCUCCAGUAGUUACAGAAGGUUUAUACGCUGCUUAUUUGUUUUUACAAUUAAUUUUAACUGGUCAAGUUGACAAUGACAAACAAAAUGUUUUAUGGUCAGCAGUUGAUGACCAAGUAUUUUUUACUGAAAAGUAUUUGUCAACUUUAAACGAUGACACCACAUAUUACUUGAUGAAAUUCUGUGAGAAACUUGUUUCAGAGUUCAUAGAUAAACUGAAUGAAAAAGCUCUAAGUGGUGUACACAGGGCUAUUGUAGUUUGUGUGACAACACCAAAAUAUGCUGCAAGAAAUAAAUGUUGCACUCUUUUAAAGUGGAUGUUGACUGGCAUAGGUAGUUAUGAGCCAGUGCAAUCUUUACUCUUAGAAUUCAACAAAUUCCUUGAAUCCACUAAAUUUAAGGUGGAUAAUGACAAGGAGAACAGCAAAGAAGACCCUAAUGUUGAGAAAGCAAUCUGUGGAUUAUCACUUGCCGAAGGCCUCUUUGCAAUUUGUUCAGGCUCGUUUUUAUUCGAGCCAUAUAUUGUAACUCUGAUCAAAGAUGCUUUAAUUCCAGCACAUCAUCCUAUGAUUUACAAAGCAACCCCAAAUCUUUGGCUUAAAAUUGCCAAACGGUUCUAUGAUUCGCCUGAAGACUAUUUAAGGAAAUGCGGCAAUGAGGUCAAGAAACUUCUCAUACAAAAUUACAAGCCUAACGCAAAUUAUGAAAACGCUCUUCAGCGCGUCACAUUUAUCGCUCCAGAAACUAUACUCCCAACAUUGGUAUCGCAUGUGAUAAGUAAAUUAGAUGAUUCUAAGAUAGCAAAGCUUACGAAAGAUGAGUACUUUACAUAUUUGACUCCAGAGGGUGAAUUGUAUGACAAGAGCGUGAUGCCAGGAAACGACGAGAACGACAUUCUAAAUGCCAUGAACAUGAAACGCGAGAGUAAGGCUUAUUCCUUCAAGGAACAGCAAGAGGAAUUGCAGUUGCGCCGAGAGCUGUAUGAAAAGCGUAAAAAGGAAGGUAAAAUCAAAGAACCCAAGUUAACUCCAAAACAAGAAGAAGCCGUGAAAGCUCAGUUUGCCAAGGAAAAUGCCAUCAGAUACAAGCUUACGGAGAUGAACAAAGUCAUCACGAGUGUUGUAUCUAUGGUGAAGGCAACAGCACGUGGAAAUGGUUUUCAUUUAUCGUUCUACUUUAAAGAUUUGCUUCCUUCCAUCUUGAGAAAUUUGUCCUCCCCACUAGCAGCUCCUACAUUGUCGGAAUUGUUUGUUAAUCUUCGCACUGCUAUUACUAUUUCAAAUGAAGAAACUUUGAAUCAGCUGAUAGCUCACGUUACUUUGAGGCAGUAUUAUCCUCAAUGUGAUUUGGAUCCAGCUUGGGAGGAAGAAAAUCUUGAAAAAGCUGUCAAACGAACACUCAAUCUCAUUCACACUUUAACUGUUAAGAAAAAGCAGCUAUUUUGUACUCCGGCAUUUUGUUACGUAUUUUACUUCAUCAAGAAAACGCUUUUAACUACGAAGGACGAAAAUAUGAUAACCCAAGGACUUCAAAUAAUUCAAGAUCACGCCAAACAACGCGGUGACUCAACGAAUCCAGAAGAUCCUAAACACCCAAGACUCCUACCACGCAAGCAGAUGUUUGACUUGUUGAUCGAGCUCAUGAGUAACACAACUGGACGUGUACAAACGCAAGCUGUCGCUACUCUUUUGGAUGUAGCUCAAUCAGGCAACGGCUCAGAGGGAGCAGCACUUGCUAGUGCCGAUGAAAUUGACUCUCUAACUAGUGCUCUCCAAAAUCCCUUGAUAUCUGUAAGAGAUGCGGCACUCCGUGGUCUUAUUGUUAUUAGAAAUACUUUUCCAACAAACAAGGAAGAUUCUGUACAGUUGCUUAAUUUGACCAGAAGAAUAUGGGUGGCGAAAUUCGAUGUAAGCGACGAGAAUAAAGCUCUUGCUAAUGAACUUUGGACUACUGCUGGUCUUACUGGUGAGCCGGCAGUCUUGUGUAAUGAGCUUAUCGACGACAUCGCUCACCCUGUAGAAUCGGUCCAACAAGCAGCAGCCUGUGCUCUUGCUGAGUUACUCAACCAAGAGCCAAAACUAAUGCCCAAUAUUCUUGAUCGGCUGCUGAUGCUCUAUCAGAGCAAACUCGCGAUGAUACCACCAAAACUCAACGAUUUUGGACGUAUCGUGGAACAACCUAUUGACACUUGGGGUCCACGUAGAGGUGUUGCUCUGGCUCUUGCUCAAUUGGCGCCACUUCUCACACCUGAAACUAUACGAACACUCAUCCAGUUCUUUGUAUCGACUGGUCUUGGCGAUCGCAAUCAGACUGUUCGUACAGAAAUGUUUACUGCUGCCGUAGCUGCAGUAGAUCUACAUGGAAAGGAUAAUAUUACAUCCCUUUUGCCAGUUUUUGAAGAUUUCAUGGAUAAGGCACCAAAAAUUGGAAGCUUCGAUUGCAUCAAACAAAGCGUUGUUAUUUUAAUGGGAUCACUGGCUCGGCAUUUAGAUAAAGAUGAUGCGAGAAUCAAGCCUAUUGUUACAAGACUAAUCGCUGCUUUGUCAACUCCAUCUCAACAGGUUCAAGAAGCUGUGGCCAACUGUCUCCCACAUCUCGUACCAUCAAUCAAGGAUGAUGCACCAAAAAUGCUUGAAAAACUUAUGCACCAGCUACUUAAUUCGGAUAAGUACGGUGAGCGUAAAGGUGCUGCCUACGGUCUAGCCGGUCUUGUCAAAGGCAUGGGUAUUCUCGCACUGAAACAGCAAGACAUCAUGACCACUCUAACUAGCGGUAUUCAGGAUAAGAAGAAUUAUCGUCAUAGGGAAGGUGCACUGUUUGCUUUUGAAACGUUGUGCACCAUGUUGGGACGUCUAUUUGAGCCUUACAUUGUUCAUGUAUUACCAAGUUUGCUACUUUGUUUCGGCGAUUCGAAUCAAUAUGUCAGAGCAGCUACGGAUGAUACUGCGAGAGUUGUUAUGAGUAAAUUAUCGGCUCAUGGUGUUAAACUUGUGCUACCUAGUCUCCUCGGUGCUUUGGAAGAGGAUUCUUGGAGAACUAAAACUGGAUCCGUUGAACUUCUUGGUACUAUGGCCUAUUGUGCACCCAAACAACUCUCAAGUUGCUUACCCAGCAUAGUACCAAAACUCAUCGAAGUACUCAGCGAUUCGCACGUUAAAGUACAAGAAGCCGGUGCCGAGGCUCUCAAAGUCAUCGGCAGUGUCAUUCGUAAUCCUGAAAUUCAAGCUAUCGUGCCGGUUCUUCUCAAAGCUUUGCAAGAUCCUUCGAAAAAGACAGCCACGUGUCUGCAGACUCUCCUGGAUACGCAGUUCGUGCAUUUCAUUGACGCUCCUUCACUUGCUCUCAUCAUGCCUGUCGUUCAGAGGGCUUUCAUGGACAGAUCCACUGAGACUAGAAAAAUGGCUGCACAAAUUAUUGGAAAUAUGUACUCAUUAACCGACCAGAAGGAUUUAACGCCAUACUUACCGACGAUUAUACCUGGUUUGAAAACGAGUUUACUAGAUCCUGUUCCUGAGGUGCGUAGUGUAUCAGCUCGUGCUCUCGGUGCAAUGGUGCGUGGAAUGGGCGAGUCGAGCUUUGAAGAUCUUUUACCCUGGCUCAUGCAAACGCUCACUUCAGAGACAAGCAGUGUCGAUCGUUCGGGCGCAGCGCAAGGUCUUUCGGAAGUCGUUCGUGGUUUGGGCGUUGAAAAAUUGCACAAACUCAUGCCUGAAAUCAUUAGUACUGCUGAGCGCACGGAUAUUGCUCCUCACGUGAAGGAUGGCUACAUUAUGAUGUUCAUUUACAUGCCUAGCGCUUUUACUACGGAGUUCACACCUUACAUUGGUCAAAUCAUCAAUCCGAUUCUGAAAGCCCUUGCUGACGAGAACGAGUAUGUAAGAGAAACAGCUUUGAGGGCUGGUCAAAGGAUCGUUACGCUCUACGCUGAUUCAGCGAUAAUGUUACUGUUGCCCGAGUUAGAACGAGGAUUGUUUGACGAUAACUGGAGAAUUAGAUAUUCGUCGGUACAGCUACUCGGUGACCUACUCUAUAGAAUAUCCGGUGUAUCCGGCAAAAUGUCGACGGAGACAGCGAGCGAAGACGACAAUUUUGGUACUGAGCAGUCUCACUAUGCUAUCAUUAAAUCUCUCGGUGCCGAUAGGCGUAACCGCGUGUUAGCUGGUCUUUACAUGGGUAGGUCUGAUGUUGCUUUGAUGGUACGUCAAGCAGCUUUGCACGUGUGGAAAGUUGUCGUUACAAAUACCCCGCGUACUCUUCGAGAAAUUUUACCGACGCUCUUCAGUCUUUUACUUGGAUGCUUGGCAAGCACCAGCUUCGACAAGAGGCAAGUAGCCGCACGAACACUGGGAGAUCUUGUUCGCAAGUUAGGUGAAAGAGUUCUGCCGGAGAUCAUUCCAAUUCUCGAAAGAGGCUUACAGAGCGAACACGCCGAUCAGCGACAAGGUGUGUGUAUUGGAUUGUCUGAAAUUAUGGCAAGCACCAGUAAGGAUAUGGUACUGUCGUUCGUUAACAGUUUGGUUCCGACUGUGAGGAAAGCUCUUUGUGAUCCUUUGCCCGAAGUAAGGCAAGCUGCCGCCAAGACUUUCGACAGUUUACACUCGACCGUCGGUGUCCGUGCAUUAGACGAUAUUCUUCCAGCUAUGUUGAAUCAAUUGAAUUCACCAGAUCCCGCUGAAGCAGAAAACACGUUGGAUGGUCUUCGUCAAGUAAUGGCUAUCAAAUCGCGAGUUGUUCUGCCGUACCUAGUCCCGCAACUUACUAGUCCACCUGUCAAUACGAAGGCUCUAUCGAUUUUGGCGAGUGUUGCUGGUGAAGCCCUCACGAGGUUUUUGCACAAAAUUCUUCCUGCUUUACUUACGGCAUUGUCGAGCGCACAAGGCACUCCCGAGGAACUACAAGAACUUGAGUACUGUCAAGCUGUUGUUUUGUCUAUUACCGAUGAAUCUGGCGUAAGGACAGUAAUGGAUCAACUGAUGGAGGCCACACGAUCAGAAGAUUGUAGUCGUCGCAGAAGUGCUGCAACCCUGCUUUGUGCAUUUUGCAGAGAUACGAGAGCUGAUUACAGCCAGUAUGUACCUCAAUUGUUGCGCGGUUUGAUUCAUCUGUUUACAGACGACGACAAAGACGUGCUGCAAAUGAGUUGGGAAGCUUUAACUGCUGUAACCAAGACUCUCAGCUCAGAUCAGCAGAUAGCACACGUACAAGAUAUACGCCAAGCGGUUCGCUUUGCCGUGUCUGACUUGAAGGGUCAGGAACUUCUUCCUGGAUUCUGCUUACCGAAAGGAAUAACUCCGAUUCUCCCUAUUUUCCGUGAAGCUAUUUUGAAUGGUAUGCCUGAGGCUAAGGAACAUGCUGCACAAGGUCUUGGCGAAGUUAUUCGUCUGACGAGUGCACCGGCUCUACAACCGAGCGUCGUUCACAUUACGGGACCUUUGAUUCGUAUUCUUGGUGAUCGUUUUACCUGGAGCGUUAAAGCUGCCGUUCUUGAGACUUUGGCUAUUCUUCUCGGCAAAGUUGGAAUUAUGCUCAAACAAUUCUUACCUCAGUUACAAACAACCUUUUUGAAAGCAUUAAACGAUAGUAAUAGACAAGUCAGGUUGAAAGCUGCUUUCGCCUUGAGUAAUCUUAUAGUUAUUCAUACUCGAGCUGAUCCACUUUUCAUUGAAUUACAUACUAAUGUCAAAAGUGCUGAUGAUCCGACAAUCAGGGAAACUACUUUGCAUGCUCUGCGAGGUGUUAUAACUCCAGCUGGGGAUAAAAUGUCCGAGACAUUGAAGAAACAAGUAUUUGUAACUCUUAGUAAUAUGCUUGGUCACUCGGAAGAUAUCACUAGAAAUGCUGUAGCUGGCUGUUACGGAGCUCUUGUUAAAUACUUGAGUCCUGAACAGCUGAAUACUGCUCUUAACGAUCACCUUUUAUGUAACAACGUAAACGAGGAUUGGAUGUUGAGACACGGUCGCUCUGCCGCUCUAUCCGUAGCUUUAAAAGAAGCUCCGGCCAUCGUUUAUACGGAAAACAAUAAAGAUCGAAUGUGCAAAGUCAUACUGUCGUAUCUGUCUGCCGAUAGAACCCAAAUCGUGAUGAAUGGUUUACGUGCUUGCGGUUAUCUGUUCGAGCAUGUACUGAAUGACAAACUACCAGUACCUCAAACCAUACUUACACCUUUCGUUCGGUCAAUGAACCAUACAAGCAAUGAGGUCAAACAAUUGCUUGCUAGAGUUUGCAUUCACCUCGCUAGAAAUGUCGAUCCCCAACAUAUGUCUCCAGAAAUAUUAAAAGCUUUACUGCCAAUGUUAGUUAAUGGCACUAAGGAAAAGAAUGGUUAUGUUAAGGCAAAUAGCGAGUUAGCUUUGAUUGCUGUUUUACGUUUGAGGAUAGGCGAUGAAGAACAUCAGCGAUGCAUGGCUUUACUGGAUGCUGGCGCUAAAGAAUCCCUGUCUGAUGUCGUUAGCAAAGUAUUACGCAAAGCCAUUUCUCAACCCGAGGGUAAGAUCGAAGAGUUAGACGAUACAUUGUUGACGUGAGAGACGCUGCAUUUAAAAAACUUUGUUGUUCACGAUUGUCGUUCCUACAAUAGUGGAAUUUUCGGCGUAUAUCAUCGUUGGAAAUAUCGCUCGCGUUACCACAACCAUGACUGUGACAUCGACGUUUACCACGACAACGAUUGCGACAAUAGAAAAAGUUUAGUUCUAGAAAGAAUUUGUAAGCAUAUUACAAGACAAGACCCAUACAAUACGCUUAACGGUAGGUGACUGUAACUUUACUCUCGCGAAUUUAGCAAAACGUAAACCCUUUUUUUAUUCUAAAGACUGCGAGUUUAUUUAUGAUAAGACCGAAGAACGUGAGAACAAUCAAAGUGUCAAUGUUUAAUGUACAAGCUCAUUAUGCAAUCUAGUCGAUCAACACGUAGGUCUUGCCCUGGAAAGCAUCUACAACGACACCCUUCCAAAAGAGAGAGAAAGAAAAAAUAUGAGAUAGAGUGAUCGGCUAAUGUUUUUAAACGUUUUCCUAAUCGUACAUUUUUGGGGAAUACAUUUCAGGAUUAUUAUUAUAAGACGUAGAAAAAACAGCAUAACACAAUUCUGAAUGUAAUAGUGAUAUUAAAUAUCAAUAUGAGUACGAAGCUGAUAUUUUUACUUGUGUAUUCUACGCACGACAAAGGUUUUCUUUUUUCCUUUUAAAAACCCUGUUUGCAAUUAUCAAAAAUGCAAACAGGGAUGAUUGUGCAUAUGGAAAUUAGCACCAUCAUAAGCAAAGAAACGAAACUUUUUCAUUUUGUGUCGGUUGCUUUAUUUUACCAUAAAGUUCUUUUCUUAAUUUUUUAAAUACAAAAUAUUUAUAAUAUAAUGUUUUUUUCUAAUUAUUGCAUUUUUUCACGUAUGAUUGUAUAUAAUACUUCUCAAAUGAUAUACAUAUAUACUUUACUUAAUUAUAUUAACUUUAUAUAGCAUAUUAAGUCAAUAUGCGAUAUAACGAAUCAAUGCAAGUGAAUGAAUAGAAAAGGUGCGUGACUUAAACGAAAUUGAUAAUAUUGCUGUUUGUGUCAGGAGAGAGAAAAGAAAAAAAGUAUGUUUUAAAUAACUUACACGAGAAUCAA